CCUACCACUGGCAGAUCAGAGGGAUUUUCCAUUGGAAAGAUCUACCCAACAACCAGGAAAUAGAGCGAGACUACUGCAACCCUGCCAACACACAACAUGCUGGAUCCCCACCCAUAAAAUUCACCACAAUGACCUGUGGAUUGUCUAAGGUACGUCGUCUCUCGAUGGGGAACACAACAUGGGUGUGGUACUGGAAAGAGGCAGAGGGAAAAUGGAGGGAGUAUGAGAUAAGUGAUGGGCUGGAGAGGCGAUAUCUUGCUGGUGAAAAAACACUGGCAUUCACUAUUGGAAUUCACCAAUACGAACUGAGAUUCUCAGAUAUGGUCCAGAAAAACAUCAGCACUAAAAUGGAGAGGCAGGUGAGAAGAAGGCCCCUGCUCCAGAACGCCCCCAACGGUAUACCAACUUACUGGGAUCCUAAUCUGUUGCCUUCAGUAGGAUAUGAGAAAAUAAAGCUGAAAAGGUCAUCAGAAUAUUCCACAAUCCUCAGUCUCUUCGACAGAACAAUGCAAGGCCCAAGAUGGGACAUCUUAAAUAUUGAGCGGAUUCAGAAUUUACUCUUGUGGAACUUCUUCACAUUGCAGAAACAUGACAUGAAAGCCAAAACUGGUAAAGAUGUUGAUGAGAGAUUCCUCUUCCAUGGUACCGACUCAAAACAUGUGGACGCUAUCUGCAGUGGCAACAUCGACUGGAGGAUGUGUGGCAAGAACGGGACAUCUUAUGGAGAAGGAUCCUAUUUUGCCAGUGAUGCAAAGUACUCCAGCAGCUUCACCAGCAAACUUGGACCUAAGUCCAUGUUUGUGUGCCGGGUUCUGGUCGGAGACUUCACCAAGGGAGAAAGGAAUUACAAAAAGCCUCCACUCAAAGAUGAACAUCAAAAUAUACCCUUUGACAGCUGCGUGAACGACCCUGACAACCCCAGCAUAUUUGUCAUUUUUGAGAAGAGUCAGAUCUACCCACAGUACCUCAUUCAAUAUCUUGAUCUCAAAGAGAAGAUGAACCCUGAGUUGGAUAUCUCCAGUCUGAUUCGCCCGUCCGUCCCAGCCAACGCUUCUCAGUUGCCUUCACCUGCCGUGGCAGCCAGUGGGGUACUGUCUUCCUCUGAUGCAUCCAAGAGCACAGCCACAGUCACACUGCCCUCUGCAGGACCCAGUGGAACAGUACAACUGGCACCUCAAAUGGGCCAGAGGGAGGCUUUUUCAGAUUCAUUUGACUUCAGUUCAGUCUCAAAUAAGAACUCCGCUGCUAGUCAUGUUCUCCCUCCCCCUCCUCAUCCUCAACUGAUCCCAACCACUGACAAAGCCUUCGAUGACUUCAGCUGUUUCAUCAAAUGCACCUCGGUUGCCUUCAGCUGCUGUGGCAGCCAGGAAUGGGAGAGCAUCGACGUCUUCCUCUUCAGCCGCUGA